CACAGUCACACUCACAGCUGCUGCUGCUAAACCGGGUCACACUCAGUCCGGCCGUCGUUUAGUGUCUGUCUGCUCUGAGGAACCAUCCACCCGUCGCAAUGGCUGUCCGCGGUUGUGUGACCUUGCUCUUUUUUCUGCUGAGUGGUAUUGUACAUGCUGAUGAUCUGGUGACCUCACCGCUACCUGCAGAGCCCAGUACAAGCAAACUCCCAGUCAUGCAGACUACAACAGCUCCAACCACCUCUGAACACACAGCUACCACUCAUGCUGGUGUGAAUUCAACUUCCCCACAGAAGACGACUAAUCCCACCACAGAACCUCCAACUACCACACAACCUCCAACUACCACACAACACAAGACGUCUAAUGCCACCACAGAACCUCCAACUACCACACAACGCAAGACGACUAAUGCCACCACAGAACCUCCAACUACCACACAACACAAGACGACUAAUGCCACCACAGAACCUCCAACUACCACACAACACAAGACGACUAAUGCCACCACAGAACCUCCAACUACCACACAACACAAGACGACUAAUGCCACCACAGAACCUCCAACAACCAUGCAUCACAACACAACGAAUUCUACCACUCAAGUGCCAACUACCACACACCCAAAUGCUACAACAGCCCCGACUCCUCCCCCGACCACUCCUCCUGUCCCCAACCCAACUGUUGGAAACUACAACGUCAAGUCUGACAACGUCUCAGCCUGCCUUUUGGCAAAGAUGGGCCUUCAGUUCAGCUUCAAAAUAAGUGGGAAUGGCAGCGUUCAGACUCUUAAUCUUGACCCAAGUCCUAAUGUAACGGAAGCAAGUGGAACCUGUGGAAUUGGUGGACAUGACUCUUCCCUUGUACUGAAGUCAAAGGAAAUGACUGUUCUUUUUGUCUUCACAAACGUUUCACAGAAGUUUCGUCUACAUGCUUUGGAAUUCUCCGUUGAUCUUGGAAAUGGGAGCAUUUUCAGGGAUUCCAAUUAUAAUCUAUCUCUGUGGGAGGCAUCUUUUGGGAGCUCAUACAUGUGCAGGAAAGAGCAGAGUUACAACAUCUCAGACAAGCUUACCGUCAACACGUUCGAGCUACAAGUGCAGCCCUUCGCAGUCCAGAAUAACAUGUUUGGCACAGCGGAGGAAUGCUUUCUGGAUUCUGAUUUGAGUUUUCUCGUGCCCAUUGCUGUGGGUGUGGCUCUCAGCUUCCUAAUCAUCUUAGUGCUUAUCUCUUACCUGAUUGGCCGGCGGAAGAGUCGCACUGGUUACCAGUCUGUAUAACUCAAGCUGCUGCCAUCUUACCUCUAACCCCGGCUUGUCCUUUGCCACUUAUAUUUGCUCCUCCUCCUCUCUUCUGGUCCUGUUGGCUUCCUCUUUUGCACUGCAAACUGCUUGACCCUCCUCACUUGGUGGCACUAACUGCUGAUGUCACCACAGUUUCUAACAUGUCUAAUUGCUCUAAUCAUUUAAUUUCCUGUGUACGAUUUAAACUUUUUAUGAAUUAUGUGGUAUAUUUCUGCUUAAUCACACUCGAAGCAAUGUCAACUGGCAUGAUUCAUUUGUUUAGUGUAAGCACAGGCUGUCUAAAUAACCUGGCAUUGUGCUAUAUGUUAAAUGCAUGAAGGAAAAAAAAUGAUUUCCUCUGUUUAUGGGAGUUUUGAUGCAUUUUCUUGCUCUA